CCAUGUAAGGUGUGUGUGCUUCACUCAGAGCAGAGGAGCAGCAGCAGCGGCUCCUGCCUGUGUGUCCAGCAGAUGGCGCUCUCUCAGAUCACGCCCACCCUGUUCCUGGGCGGGGCCGACGCCCCCCUAAACGCUGCGAUGAUGUCACAGAAAGGCAUCACCCUGAUUGUCAACGCCACGCUGAGCCACGCCUGCCCCGCCUACCCAGGGGUGGAGUUUGUGCGGGUCCCGGUGUCCGACCUGCCCAGCGCCCGCCUCGGCGACCACUUUGACCGCGUGGCCGAGCGUAUCCAUGGUAACCGCGCGGGAGGCACGCUGGUGCACUGUGCCGCCGGCAUGAGCCGCUCGCCGGCGCUGGUCAUGGCGUAUCUGAUGCGCUUCAGAGGCGUGACAUUGCGGCAGGCGCACCGCUGGGUGCAGGACAGUCGGCCCUUCGUCCGGCUCAACGCCGGCUUCUGGGAGCAGCUGCUGCAGUACGAGAGGAAGCUGUACGGAAAGAACACCGUCCGGGUGGCGGCCGCCGAGGAGCCGCCGAGGACGCCACGGAUGACGAGGGCGCUGCCGCCUCAGCAGCAGAGCAGCUGGUUGGCCACGGUACCGCGCUCACCUCUGACGGCUCGGUCUCAGGGGCUGACGUCAUCAAACAGAAGAAGAGGAUCCAAAUCCAGCAGCACCAAAGUCUGACGAACGGCUCCCUGCGUCCACACCUUCACCUGUUGUCCUACAGAAUCUGCUGGUCCUGGUUCUGACCAGAGACUCAGUUCAGGUUCUGGAACAAUGUGAAGAUGUUUCCUCUCAGACCAGGUGGGUCCAGGUUGUGGUUCCAGGUUGUGGGUCCACAGUUUGAUCAAAUAUGAACUAAAAUCUAAACGCAACAUUAAAUGUUUCUGACUCAGAGAAAAGGUUAAAAUCACGUUUGUUCUGCUAAGGAAAGGUUCAGUUUCACAGCAGAGAGAUUCUGAUCUGAUCCAGGUCUGCUCAGGUGAGUCUUUACAGAAUCAGAACCACAAAGGACCGAGGUGCUGGACGCUGCAGGUCAGUUCAGCUCUGAGUGAACGGAGAGCUGCUGAGUGGGGCAGGAUUUUACCUUCUAUCCUGGAUUUACAGGGAGCCUCCUGAUAAUCAGAAUUAGUCCGAACUCAGAGGACCAGAACCACCUGCUGGUCUGUGAUAAUAGCAGAUUACCAGGUGAUGCAGCUCGGUCCCCGUCUCCCCAGCAGCCCGUCCUCACCAACAACCAAGCAGUGGAAAUAGUGGACCGUUUUAAAUACCUCAGCUUUGACCAGCACAGCACGGACAUCCAGACCAGAAGCCACCAGAGACUCUCAGCCAUCCGUAAACUAAAAGGACUUUGUGUUUCCCUCCUUCUCCUUCUGCUGCUGCAUCAGAGCAUCAUCCAGUCCAUCCUCCUGUAGCGCUCCACCUGCUUCUACAACAAGCUCACUGUUACAAACAGAACCUAACUCAUAACCACCACAGCCUCCAAAGAACCCGUCUUCCCACCAGACCUCACAGAGCUGAACAACGGCACAGAUACACAACACUGAGAUGGAGACGAGCUGGAGCAGGCAGAAGCAUGGCGCCGUCCAUCAGAGCAACCCUUAACAACAGGCCAAGGCGACUGGACAGAGUCUGUGUGACCCGUGUGUCCUGUUCAUGUGAAUCAACAGAAUGGUGCUGUGGAAAAGAACCUCCCCACCGGGACAAUAAAGUCGAAGUCUGAAAGUAAAGAUUCUGCCUCCUGUGGAAACAUCCGUUCUGUGUGAGUCUUUGUGAAUAAUGUUGGUUUUUAUGUCUGUGACGUCCCUCAAAGACGCUGCUGCUGUGAACACCAGAAAUCAAAGCUCUGAGUUUGUCUGAUUUAGUCGAUUUCAGAGUAUCAGUCACUUUAUCUAGCUGCUGUCAAAUCAUGUAGUUUGGAGGUUCUAGUCGUUUCAUAUCUGGGAGAUGAUCAGGCAGACGACCAGCAGGACUCUGAGGAAUCUGAAACUGAGGAUCAGUGUUCUUAAAAGUGUAUCUUGUCCUCACUCACAGUGAUCUCAUAGUUUGGUUUGUUUCAGACUAAUGGAUACAAGAGUUUGAGCAGAAGGUAAAGAAGUUUGAUAAAAGUGAUAAACAAUAGUGGACAUUUUGCACAAAAAUAAAUAAUAAUGAUAAUGAA